AUUUAUGCGCGCGCAGCUCUUCCGUCACAUUUGACCUAGUUAUCAUGGUCGGACAAACAAACGAAGUCAGACAGUGUGACAGUGUGUAUACAGGGACAGUGACGUGACUUUCAUCGAAGAGAAGCAAACGUUUCAGUGCUUUACACUCUGAGUAUGGUUUGCACAAAACAUUGUUGUUAUGGCACCUGCAGAAAUGACUCGCGUUACCCUGACAGACCGGAGAUGGAAGGUGUGUUUUUCAUCAACUUUCCAAAGCCUAAAACUCAACGGGAGAAGUGCGAAAAGUGGAUCUAUGCAUGCGGGCGACCCAAAGAUCAAUUCAAUGUUGAGAAAAUAACAAAGUCCACGUACAUUUGCAGUAAACAUUUCGUUGGCGGUCGUGGACCAACAGACGAUUACCCAGACCCGAUACCUGCUACUGCCAGUGCAGAACGAGUGAGGAAGAUAAGUCGCCCUAGAAGAAAGCCUCCAGUGGCACGUCAAAACAGACUUCAAGCUGCAGAGGCCUUGCUCCAGCUCGGCGAAUUCUCGUCGUGCACAGAAGAGGGUGUUGGAACACAUGAAAGAGAGGAUAGCAGCUGUGCAGACCAGGAUAAAAUUCAAGCUGCUGAGGCCUUGGUGCAACUGAAUGAGCUGUCGGAUACACUGGUGGACCAUGCUGAAGCAACACAGGAAGAAACGGACAACUUGAAUGAGAGACCAAAGAUGGCUUCUGUUGGGGUUCAGACUGAAGCUGCCUGCCAGUGUCACUUGACGAAAAAUACUGAGGCUGAUGAAAAGGCAGUAGCUGAUGCAGCUUCACAGACUGCAUACGACAGAAUGUAUCUUCAAAGUAAAGUUGAAAACUUGCUGCUGAAAAACCAACUGAAAACCCUGUCAACCCCCAUUACACCUCCUGGGAGCAUUAGCAAGAAUAAGCCUCCUUUGUCUUUUGCUUCUGUCAAAGAUAACCCUAAGCAGAUGAAGUUUUUUACUGGAUUGACUUUGGUUCACUUUAUGUCGUUGUUCAAUUUUCUCGGGCCUGCUGUCAAUAAUCUCAAAUAUUGGAACUUAUCUCAUAGGCCUUGCAAGAGUCUCAGACCCAUUGAUGAACUUUUUAUAAUGUUGGUUAGAUUACGUCGUGGUUAUGGUUUUUUUAUGCUUAGUUUUUUAUUCAAUUUGUCAAUUACUUCAGUGCGCUGUAUUUUUACAACCUGGUUACAAUUUCUUUAUUUUCAUUUUACUGAUUUGAAGGCCGAUAUGUUUCCAGAUCGGUCAACUUUAGGAAAGUUUAUGCCUAAGAGCUUCAAAGGCUUUAAAAAUGUCAGAUGUUCAGUUGACUGUACAGAGUUUUUUGUCCAGAUGCCUAGGAAUUUUGCAAGGCAAGGCAAUCUGUUUUCUAAUUACAAAAAUCAUCAUACUUUCAAAUGCCUAAUUGCAGUGGCACCAAAUGGUGCAUGUGUUUAUAUUUCUGAGUUAUAUGAAGGUGCCAUUAGUGACCGUGAAAUUUUUUCAAAGUGUGGAAUUUUAGAUUAUUUAGAACCAGGUGACAUUCUUUUGGUAGAUAGAGGUUUUACUGUAGAGGAUUUAUUACUUUCUAGACAAGUUUCUUUGAACAUUCCUCCAUUUCUAAAAGGUAGAGAAAAACUAACACCACAGGAGGAGCUACUGUGUAAAAAACUUUCUAAGGCCCGAAUCCAUGUGGAGAGGUACAAUGAACGCCUAAAAAAAUUCAAACUUAUAGCAGGUACAAUGCCUUUGAAUAUGACAGAACUAGCAUCACAGGCUGUCUUUGUAGCUGGUUGCCUAGUCAAUUUUCAAGACCCUUUGGCAAAAUAAGUACAGUGGGUAGUAGACAUAAUUAGGUUAAGAAAACAAUAUCUGUAUAUAGUUAAUUUCAGGGUUUUUUAAUUGUGCCAUGUUUUUUGGGUGUUGAAAGAGCAAUAAUUUUUGAAUUGAAAAUUGUGAACUUAUGUAUUUUCUUUUAUUGAACCUACAAAGGAAAGCAAUAUAUACAUAAUGAUACAAAGAAUUUUCCAUGACUUAUGCAAUAAAUUGGUUUAUACGUAUAAAAAAAACUGGGUUAUUGUUUGUCAAAUUUAAAUUAACAUUUGCAAUUAUUUUCAUCACAUGA